AUGGACAACGCGUUUUGUCAGCUCAAAAACUCGGCCAGGAAAGUGCUGGAUAGCCUUACACCCACUGAGACAGUGACGAGACAGCGAUCUUCAUUUGACGCCAAGCUAAGUGAGCAUCACGGCCCGCCUCUCAAGCCGACGUUGCCACUUGCUGUAAUUGACACUGAGACUGAGCCGUUGCCGCUGGAGAAAUGGCAAUCCAAGGGCGAAGAGCCGUCUUCCCGUCAUGGGCAUCUGGAUUUCAAAAAAGGAACUUCGUCUGAACUGACUUGGAUGGUGCAAACAAGUGACGACUUUGCGGAGCGCCAACGACAGGACUCCAUUGAUUCAUUCAUGUCAGACAAUUCUGCGCUCAACGCUAGAAUGGCUCAGCACUUGAGUCCUUGCGAUGUCGAAUUAGGAUCGUCUCUGUCAAGCGAUAUCUUGAGCGACAUCUCGAGCGAUGACUACCUAUACAGCGUCUCGAGCGAUUAUGGUGCGAGCAGUCAUGGAGAGUCUAGUCCGGUGUGGACGCGGCCUUGGAAAUCACAGGAUGGAGUAGUCCCGGGCACUUGGCUCUGUCCGCACUGUGAGCAGGGUCUCAAUCUUGGCGACAGCAGACAAACCGCAGCCAUGAGAGAGGAUUACAAAAGGUUGCAAAUACAGCCGCCGUUCGAGAGACUAGCUGGUUGGGGGAUUCUGCAGAGAAAGUGUGGCUUCUGUAACAAGAAGGCAUUUUGCAAGCUGUUUGAGCACGACAAGAAGCAGGAGCAAGGAGAUGAUUCAAUGGCAGACUGA